AUGCCUACCGAAUUCAUUAGCUUGACAUUCCCCAAUGCUUCCACCGAGCUGAAUCCAAUCCCAGGCGCCGGCAUUGAUCCUGCCUACCUCGCUCGCUAUGCCCGGAACCUCGAUGAUUAUGAGUUCAACUACACCCUCGUGCCCUACGGCUCUUCGUCCUAUGACCCUUUUACCAUAGGCGCUACCAUUGCCGCCGCCACCAAGAAUCUCAAGAUCAUCAUCGCCCUGCGUCCCAACACGCUUUAUCCCACCGUCGCAGCGAAAGCACUAGCCACGCUUGAUCAGCUCAGCUCAGGUCGAGCUGUUGUACACUUUAUCGCCGGCGGAAGCGAUGCUGAGCAAGCCAAGGAGGGCGACUUCCUACCCAAAGACCAACGCUAUGCUCGACUUGAGGAGUACAUCCGCAUCUUGCGUCGUGCCUGGCAGUCCCCGGAGCCCUUUGAUUGGGACGGCAAAUUCUAUCAGUUCAAGCGAUUCUCCAACCAGAUUCGUCCCGUCAAUGGUACGGGCAUCCCGGUAUCGGUCGGUGGCUCCUCGGAGGAGGCAUACCGCAUUGGAGGUGCUUUGGCCGAUAUCUUUGGUCUUUGGGGCGAGCCUCUAAAAGAGACCAAGGAGCAGAUCGACCGCAUUUACCAAGCAGCUGCUGAAGCUGGGCGUCCCGAUUCAGACCGCCCUCGCAUCUGGGUUACAUUUCGGCCCAUCAUUGCUGAGACAGACGAACUGGCCUGGCAAAAGGCAUACCGCACCCUGGAUAUUUUGAAGACGCACUCGGGAGGAAAUCAGCCCUCCGACGGCAAGGCCCCGCAUGUUCCAGUUCCUACGCCGCAGAACGUGGGCUCCCAACGGUUGCUGGAAAUCGCUUCACGUGGAGAUGUCCAUGACCGUGCUCUCUGGUAUCCCACCGUCACAGCUACCAACGCUCGCGGCGCAUCGACCGCUUUGGUGGGAUCCCCUCAGACUAUUUCUGAUUCGAUCCUCGACUACGUUGAUCUUGGAGCCGAGCUCAUUUCCAUUCGUGGCUAUGACAAUUUGAACGAUGCCAUUGACUACGGGCGCUAUGUCCUUCCAAAGGUGCGCAGCGCAUUGCAGGAACGCGAGAACAAGGGAGCAGAUUCUGCGUAG